GCGGCGCUUACGGCGGGCAGAGGACGCACGCGCCGCGGCCGGUCCCAGUCACGGUUGCAAGGCUGUUGGUGAAGGCGUCUGCGUCUACGUUUCCGUACGGCUGGCCGCGCGGCCCUGGGAUAGUCUGUAGAGGAUGCCAAAUGAGAGAAUCCCCCACUCAAGUCAAACUCAGGAGCAAGACUGUUCACAGAGUCAGGAUAUCAGUGAGAGUGCAGAGGGGACAAUCAAGCAGGAAAACGAUGGCUACGUGGAGCUGGGGGAGAGCCUCCCCUCUUGUUUCCCUGCUAAUGGACCCUCCACUUCCGCCAAGGGGUAUCCCUCGGAACUUCCGAGGAGAGGGCCAGCCCUGCUGCACAUCGACAGACAUCAGAUCCAGGCGGUGGAGCCCAGUGCACAGGCCCUGGAGCUGCAGGGUUUGGGUGUGGACGUCUAUGACCAGGACGUGCUGGAGCAGGGGGUGCUUCAGCAGGUGGACAGCGCCAUCCACGAGGCCAGCUGCGUGGCCCAGCUUGCCGACGUGGAGAAGGAGUAUCGGUCAGUGCUGGACGACCUCACGUCAUGUACGACAUCCCUAAGGCAAAUCAAUAAAAUUAUUGAACAACUUAGCCCUCAAGCUGCCACCAACAAAGACAUCAACAGGAAACUAGAUUCUGUAAAACGACAGAAGUACAACAAGGAACAACAGCUGAAGAAGAUCACAGCAAAACAAAAACGUCUCCAGGCUAUCCUUGGGGGAACAGAGGUGAAAGUUGAACUAGAUCAUGCCAGUCUGGAGGAGGAGGAUGCAGAAGCAGGGCCGUCCUGCCUCGGCAGCAUGCUCAUGCCUGCUCAGGAGACUGCUUGGGAAGAGCUCGUCCGCACUGGUCAGAUGACACCUUUUGGUACCCAGAUCCCUCAGAAGCAGGAGAAAAAGCCCAGAAAACUAAUGCUCAACGAAACAUCAGAUUUUGAAAAGUAUUUGGCAGAUCAAGCAAAACUGUCCUUUGAAAGAAAGAAGCAAGCUUGUAAUAAAAGAGCAACUAAAAAAGCCCCGGCCUCGGUCACUUCUGAGCUGAGCUCAACACUCAAUGAAAACAAACCAGACAAGAGAGGCAGAGUUCUCUCGAAAACAGAUAAGCGCUUGAAAAAACACAUCAAGAAACUCCAGAAGAGGGCUCUUCAGUUCCAGGGGCAGGUGGGAUUGCUAAAGGGAAAGAAACCCUUGGAGUGUGAUGUGAGGCCAAAGGCAGAGGGAGACUCUGAGGGUGAAGAGUCCGAGUACCUGCCCACGGAGGAGGAGCUGGAGGAGGCGGCAGGGGCUGACCUGUCCGGGGAAGGCACCGACUGUGAUCGGAGACUGGUGCUCCGUCGCCAGAAACGGCAGAAGAAAGUCACAGUGCAGGAGACUGAUGAUGACUUUUUUCCAAGUUCUGGGGAAGAAGCUGAAGCCGCAGGAGGAGGAGGAGGAGGUCGGAAAGUAGUGAGAUGCCGAGAUGAUGGAGAUGAAGAUUAUUAUAAGCAGCGGUUAAGAUCUUGGUGGCUCUUGCAACGUAAAAAUGAAAACAGAGCAAUAAGGAGAUGGAAUAAACUGAGACUGCAGGACAAAGAGAAGAGUUUGAGGCUUGAAGAUGAUUCUGAGGAAAGUGAUGCCGAAUUUGACGAAGGUUUUAAAGUGCCGGGUUUUCUGUUCAAAAAGCUUUUUAAGUACCAGCAGACAGGUGUUAGGUGGCUGUGGGAAUUGCACUGCCAGCAGGCAGGAGGAAUUCUGGGAGACGAAAUGGGAUUGGGCAAGACCAUCCAGAUAAUUGCCUUCUUGGCAGGUCUGAGCUACAGCAAGAUCAGGACUCGUGGUUCAAAUUACAGGUUCGAGGGGUUGGGUCCGACUAUAAUUGUCUGUCCGACGACAGUGAUGCAUCAGUGGGUGAAGGAAUUUCACACGUGGUGGCCUCCAUUCAGAGUGGCAGUUCUGCACGAAACCGGGUCCUUUACCCACAAAAAGGAGAAACUAAUUCAAGAUAUUGCUCAUUGUCAUGGGAUUUUGAUCACUUCUUACUCCUACGUUCGACUGAUGCAAGAUGAUAUUAGCAGGCAUGACUGGCACUAUGUGAUCUUGGAUGAAGGACACAAAAUUCGGAAUCCAAAUGCUGCCAGCACUCUUGCUUGCAAACAGUUCCGCACCCCUCAUCGCAUCAUCCUGUCUGGCUCACCGAUGCAGAAUAACCUCCGUGAGCUGUGGUCACUCUUUGAUUUCAUCUUCCCGGGAAAGUUGGGCACGUUGCCUGUGUUUAUGGAGCAGUUCUCAGUCCCCAUCACCAUGGGGGGGUAUUCAAAUGCCUCCCCAGUACAGGUUAAAACUGCUUAUAAGUGUGCAUGUGUUCUACGAGAUACCAUAAAUCCAUACCUACUGCGGAGAAUGAAGUCGGAUGUCAAAAUGAGCCUUUCUUUGCCAGAUAAAAACGAACAGGUCUUAUUUUGCCGUCUUACAGAUGAGCAACAUAAAGUCUACCAAAAUUUCAUUGAUUCCAAAGAAGUUUACAGAAUUCUCAAUGGAGAGAUGCAGAUUUUCUCUGGACUUGUAGCCCUAAGAAAAAUCUGCAACCACCCUGAUCUCUUUUCUGGAGGCCCCAAGAAUCUUAAAGGUAUUCCAGAUGAUGAACUAGGGGAAGAUCAGUUUGGACACUGGAAACGUUCCGGGAAAAUGAUAGUUGUUGAGUCCUUGUUGAAAAUAUGGCACAAGCAGGGCCAACGAGUAUUGCUGUUUUCUCAGUCCAGACAGAUGUUGGACAUAUUUGAAGUAUUCCUUAGGGCCCAAAAGUAUUCCUAUCUCAAGAUGGAUGGUACCACUGCGAUAGCUUCAAGACAACCACUGAUUACAAGAUACAAUGAGGACACAUCCAUAUUUGUGUUUCUUCUGACCACUCGGGUGGGUGGCCUAGGAGUCAACCUGACAGGGGCAAACCGAGUCAUCAUCUAUGACCCUGACUGGAACCCAAGCACAGACGUGCAGGCCCGGGAGCGAGCUUGGCGGAUAGGCCAGAAGAAACAGGUGACGGUGUACAGGCUUCUGACCGCAGGCACCAUCGAAGAGAAGAUUUACCACCGACAAAUCUUCAAGCAGUUUUUGACAAAUAGAGUGCUAAAAGAUCCAAAGCAAAGGCGAUUUUUCAAAUCCAAUGAUCUUUAUGAGCUGUUUACUCUGACUAGUCCUGAUACAUCCCAGAGCACUGAAACAAGUGCUAUUUUUGCAGGAACUGGUUCAGAUGUUCAGACACCCAAACGCCAUUUAAAAAGAAAACUUCAACUGGCUUUUGGAACAGACCAGAACAUUCCAGUAGGUAAAAAGUUCCCUGGUUCUAACACAUCUGCAAAUGUUGCCACGUCAUCUGAAGAGAAAUCUGCAGCUAUAGGACCUGAAGUGAACGCAGUAACUUCUAAUCUAGGUGAUCCUUUGAAAGAUGCCCCUCAAACAUCUUGUAGUCUAACUAACAGUGAGAGGCUUGGAGAAGAGACAGAUGCAAUGUCCAGACUGCAGGAUUCCUCAGUGAUUCAUGGAAACGGGGAAGGUUCAGAUUCUCCAAGAAUCAGCAAAAUGUACAGGAUGUCUGGUGAGGAAAGCAUCGAUGAAAAGGAGGGUCUUUCUGAUAAAAGAGAAAGCUUCCGGGUUCAAACAGAACCUCUUUGGGAGAAUGAGCAAACAGAAAAUAAUUUUUAUAAGCACAAGUCGAAAAUGAAACAUCAUGUGGCAGAAGAAAAGACCCUGGAGAAACAUCUGAGGCCGAAGCAAAAGCUUAAGAGCUCUAAGCACCACAGAGACGCCAAGUUUGAGGGAACUCGAAUUCCACACCUGGUGAAGAAGAAGCAGUACCGGAGGCAAGACAAUGAAAAUGAGAGCGAGCCCAAGGAACGCAGCCAUGACGACUACGUCCUGGAAAAGCUUUUCAGAAAAUCAGUGGGUGUGCACAGCAUCAUGAAGCAUGAUGCCAUCAUGGACGGAGCCAGUCCAGACUACGUGCUGGUGGAGGCGGAGGCCAACCGUGUGGCCCAGGAUGCCCUCAAAGCACUGAGACUCUCUCGGCAGCGGUGUCUGGGAGCAGCAUCUGGUGUUCCCACCUGGACCGGCCACAGGGGUGUGGCUGGUGCACCAGCAGGAAGAAGGAGCAGAUUUGGUCAGAAAAGGAACUCCAGCUUCUCUGUGCAGCAUCCCUCUUCAGCGUCUCCAAAGGAGAAAUGCCAGGACAGCACUAUGAAAAAGGAUGGAAAAGAUAAUGUUUCGGAGCAUUUUAGUGGAAAAGUUGAAGAUGCAGAGCCUUCAUCCGGGGCCCUCACUUCGUCCUCACUGUUGGCUAAAAUGAGAGCUAGAAACCACCUAAUUUUGCCAGAGCGCUUAGAAAGUGAAAGUGGGUGCCUUCCAGAGGCUUCUGCUCCUCCGCCUUCCAGCAUGGAACACGACGACCUUCUGGUGGAGAUGAGAAACUUCAUUGCCUUUCAGGCCCAAGUUGAUGGCCAGGCCAGCACUCGGGAGAUACUGCAGGAGUUUGAAUCCAAGUUAUCAGCAUCACAGUCUUGUGUCUUUCGAGAACUACUGAGAAAUCUGUGCACUUUUCAUAGAACUUCAGGUGGUGAAGGAAUUUGGAAACUCAAGCCAGAAUACUGCUGAUCAAGAUUACCUUCUGAACUUUAAAUUGACUUUUUCUAGUGGAAAUUUCUGAUUAUUAAUCUUAUGAUUAAUAAUCGUAUGUUUUGUCGAUGGAAGUUGGCUGCAUUUGAUGUUUACUUUGAAUGAUAGCUACCUCAUAAUUAAAACUUUAAGGAGGAAGAAAUUCUUCUCUGAAACUUAAAAGUUUUAAAAAUACCUGUAUUUCUUUUUUUUUUCCCCAAAAUUAAUUAUGAAAUCAGGGACCUGUGAAUCCUUGGAACACAUUUGUUCUUUUACCCAGAAGAUGCUGUCAGGGAAUACAUUACUACUCAUUUAGAAGUUUAUAGACCAGAACUCUCAAGAAUUCUUUUUAUUGGUGCUAAAAACAUGUCUUAUAUUCAGUUAGACCUGUUCAGUAAAUCAGUUCAUCAGUAUCUGAUAACAGAAUUGUUUUUGGUACCUAGCUUUUAAAUGUUUAAAUCGAUACUUGCCACUCAAAAAAGAGAUCGGACUUGUUACCUUUUGAGUCCUAUUAGUUGCCUUUAAAUGAUCUUCUGUUAAGGUACUGUUAAAUUGACAGGUAUUUUUAUUAGUAAAGCAUGGAAUAGCUUGAUAAUAAAUGAUGAGACAUGUAUUUGCAGAAACUUGUAGUUUUCUCAGUUUACAGUGGCUUUAUUUUAAGCAAAGGGCACCUUUCCCCCCCGCAUAGUGAAUAGCGGUUUUAGGAAAAUAUAUGUUAUCUUAAGAAAAAAAAAAUCAAGCAGAACCAAAAGUAGUUACAAAUAAAACCACCAACGCACACACACACGGACAUCGCUCCAGACCACACCCGGAUAUACCAUCAUCACCACAUAGUGAGCACCAUUCCAGCCCUCUCUCUGCUUACGUCCUGGGAGGGAACUUUGAACAUUUUUUACCUUAUUCAUUGUCUGUCUUUCUAAGGAUGCUGGUAACUUUAUAUCAGAUAUCAUUGUUCUUCUUCUGUCCAGUCAUUUUCAUCUCUCUUUUCCCUUUCCGUUCACUGUGACUCUCCUGUUUUAGAGGUUUGGUUUUCAGCUGCAUCUGUUUCUGGCUGUUGUUUAUGUGUUUAGAGUUUUGUGAUGAUGUUGUUUUGAUCCUUAGUUUGUUUUCUUAGCCUUGUUUUUCUUUCCUUGUCAUUGUUUUAUCAUCACAGCUCUGAAGUCCUGUUUUCUGAAGUUCACUGGAUUCCUUAAAUGUCUUCUAGAGCUGUCACGGUGCAGUUUGUUUCUUAGAGUUGUUUCCUCUGGCCUGUUGUUUUCACUCUUGCUGAUUUUUCUGUAUGGUGCUCUCCUUCCUUCCAUGCUGUUUCUUUACAUCUUGCUCAUGCUAACAUCAGGCAGCGGGGUCCAGAUCUCCUGUAUGCUCUUCCCUGCCACGCAGAGAGAAGGGGUGUGGGUUUGGAGGUCGGGGAGAGCCUCUGCUGGGCAGCAUGCAGCUUUUGGUUGGUGGACUUGGGUUUUACUUUUCUGUUCUGAGAUUUUGUUAAAUAGCUUGGGCCAUGAAUCCUUCCCCUUAGAUUAGGAGAUGUCAUUGUCAGAGUCAUAAUUCCCACCAGAAUUUUCUGCUUCUUUUUUUGGAUUCUGGCUUUUUUAUUUUAUUCUGUUUUUAAAGUGGUUCGGUAUUAGAGGAAGAAGAUUCUAUUAUUUUCUUCAUUCUGCCAUCAUUAUCUAGAAAUAAUAGAAGAGACUUUUAAACAGGUCAGUACAUCCUAAACUUGACUACUUGGCUCAGAAGGGAGUCAAAAUUCAUGACUUUUGUUUCUGGGAGGUUCUUUUUUUAUUUUUAUUUUUGUAAUCAUUAACCGAUAAGAAAAUUGCAUCCCUUUUGUUCUCGGAUUCAAGUACCGAUGCAGUUCACGAGUGUGAAGUGCUUUGGCAUCCUAGCUCUAUUGUGUGAAAUCUAAACUCUACCGAGCUAGGGAAGUUGUAGCCUUCUCAUCAAGUAGAAAAUGCCAGCAAAAGUUAUGAUGCAGUCACAGCAAGGUGGCCUUCACUCCAAGCCUUGUCUCAGCUCUGCCACCAGCUGAGACCUUGGGUAGUCACUGCCUUGCCUGUGUCUCUAUGGAUAUCUGUGAACAUUGUCAUUGUGCCUCUGGGUGGAGAGGCUUAGAGGAAGAUGCUCUAAAUCAUGGUUUUAACAACACAGAGUAACUUAUUCAUUUAGAUAAAAUCUAACUUUUGGAACUUUAAAAGCUUUGUACAAUAUAGAUAGAUUUAAUGUAUUUAAAAUGUUAUAUUGGUAUUAAGCUACAAUAAAGGAUUUUAAAAUUUUGUGAAAUUUAAAAAAUUCCUUAGUUAAUACAUGAAUAUACUAUCAUUCUUUAAAAAUUUUCAAGCAAUACUCUGCCUCCCCACCCCCUCUUGUUCGUGUUCCAGAGAUAAGUACUGUAUUUGGUGUGUAUUCUUCCAGGCUAUUUUCCAUGCCUUUACAGAUGCAUGCAGCAGAGACUGCUGCUGUAAUGUCUGUUUUCCCCUUCUCCUUUACUGAUAAGAUUCCUGCUUUUUACCUGGACACGUGGCUGCUCAGGUCACGACUCUACUUGCCAGCCUCCCUUAUGGUUAAUUGUGGCCACAUGACCAGGCAAUGGGCUACAAAGAGAACAUCCAGACUGGGCCCUUAAAUAAGGAAUUGGGUGUCCACUCCAUUCGACAUACCCCUUUGUGCUGGCUGAGACGCCUGUGGGAGCUUAAGCAGUGACAUGAGGUGGGGAGAAGUCGUGUGCUGAGGAUGGAGACGUUGGCCUGCCAAUCCUGAACUGCUUCCCUUUCACCCGUUAACUUAAGAGCAAAAUAAAUUCCUGA